CUUCUCUGGUAUUGUGACCAAUAGAGCAACCUGCCACGUAAUGGAGACCAAGGCAAAGUUCUACGCGGGUGCUGUGCCACUCAUUUUAGCCAUAGCGUGGGGUUUCUGGGGAACAAAUGUCGGGGAAUAUUUCCCCGAUUUAUCAGCAAGUUUUGGUGGCGAAAAUAAAGAAACAAAUAGUAACCUGAAGGGCCAUAUGGAAAAGUUCGGUGAACAGGUCUAUAAGCCGACAGAAAUCCCGACGCUGGAUCACUUUCCCGAACCUGAGGUAUUUUAUAGGGACUACAUGCGGAAGUCUGUGCCUUUGGUAGUCAAAGGUGCACUAAAACACUGGCCUGCAGUAGAAAAAUGGAAGAACGAAGACUAUUUGAGGGAGAGAUUCGGCCACAGUAAUUUUCUAUCUAUGUGGAGAAACAUCACCGAUGCGUAUCACCCGGCACAUAUGAUGAUGUCUAUGGAAGAUUUUCUGGAUAAUUACAGAGAGCACAAGAUUUAUAUGGAUUCCACUGUGUCUGAAGAAAUGGCAGAAGACAUCGCUUUCCCGGGUUUCAUUGCAUGUGAUGAAUACUUGAAAAUUCUGAAACAGGUCGCCAUUUUCUUCAACUCGGGCUGGUCAAGCACCGAUAUUCAUCUCGACGUCACAGAGACCAUCUUUGCCCAAGUGACCGGUGGGCGGCAGUGGAUAUUGACCACUCCUAGCGACGGAAAAUACCUGUACUCGGAUGAAUUUGAACACCACGAUGGCAUGUCACCCGUCAAUCAAGAAGCGGUUGACUUGCAAAAAUACCCGGACGUGUCCAAAAUCGCCAUCUACAAGGCCAUACUAGAACCCGGUGACAUUAUAUACGUCCCCGAGGGUUGGUGGCACCAAGUGAGAACACACGGAGGACCGCCUAAUAUCGCCAUAGCCAUCUUCAUUGACUUUCUUCUCUGUAUGUUUAACACACCACCGUCUAACGACUCGGUUUAUAUUGACAACUGCAUCAAGCUUCGAGAAGAGAAACCUGAAGAGAUAAAAUGCAGUAUUCGCAUAGACGAUAUGCCUGUCAGGGAGGUUUUUUCCAAGUACAAAUACCUUAAGCCACAGGCAAUGGACAUUGCGCAGGAAAGCACACCCGACAGAGAAGAAGAAAUAAUACUGAAGAGUGGAUAUUCUAUGCCCGUGUUAGGCCUUGGUGUUGGAGGAAUGACACCAGAGGAAGCUGAAAAAGGGAUUCGACACGCGCUGAAGAUUGGGUACAGAACACACGGAGGACCUCCUAAUAUCGCCAUAGCCAUCUUCAUUGACUUUCUUCUCUGUAUGUUUAACACACCACCGUCUAACGACUCGGUUUAUAUUGACAACUGCAUCAAGCUUCGAGAAGAGAAACCUGAAGAGAUAAAAUGCAGUAUUCGCAUAGACGAUAUGCCUGUCAGGGAGGUUUUUUCCAAGUACAAAUACCUUAAGCCACAGGCAAUGGACAUUGCGCAGGAAAGCACACCCGACAGAGAAGAAGAAAUAAUACUGAAGAGUGGAUAUUCUAUGCCCGUGUUAGGCCUUGGUGUUGGAGGAAUGACACCAGAGGAAGCUGAAAAAGGGAUUCGACACGCGCUGAAGAUUGGGUACAGGCUCUAUGACACAGACCCAGAGGACGAGAGUGAGACUACUUUAGGUUCCAUCCUCUCAGAAAACGAGUACUGUAAACGAGAAGAUGUCUUCUUGAUUGUUAAAGUCCAUCCUAGGAAUUUGGGCAAAGAAGCUACGAGAAUGUCCAUUGAGAGAUCAAUGAAAAGACUGAAGACAGACUAUAUUGAUUUGGUUCUUAUCAAAGCGCCAUCUUGUGAUACUAAGGGGUUCGAAUGUGACGCAGACGAAAAUCGAGGCACGUGGCAGGAAUCGUGGAAGGUGAUGGAAGAAAUGAACAAAACGGGAAGCAUUCGUUCUAUUGGUGUUAGUAACUUUAAAAUUUCUCAGCUAAAGGAGUUAAUGGCAGAGGCCACAGUUCCCGUCUCAGUUCUCCAAGCAAGAUUUGAUUUAAUGAAGAGAAAUACGAAGUUGAGGAAAUUUUGCAACGAUAAUGGUAUUCGGUUCAUGGCUCAUAGCUUACUUGGGUUCGGGUGGGUGAAGGAUGGUUCCACAACAAAUAACCCAAUUCUCAGUAGCAGUGCGGUAAUGCUGGCAGCUAGAAAGUACCGCACAAGCCCGGCGUCCAUUUUGAUAAGAUAUGCUUUGGAUCGAGAUAUCACGGUGGUACCUAGAUCCUCAAACCAGCUGCAUAUCGCACUGAACAAGUUUUCUACCUCUCUAGAUAUUCAAGACAGCCCCGAAAUAUUGGAAGAUUUGGAAAACAUCCCACAUGUACCAUAA